AUGAGUUCUGGUCGAUGUGCGGCUUGCAGAUAUUUGAGGAGAAGAUGUACGGAAGACUGCAUUCUCUCGCCUUAUUUUCCGUCUAAUAAUCCCCAAAGAUUUGUUUCUGUUCAUAGAAUCUAUGGUGCCAGUAACGUCACAAAAUUACUUCUGCAACUCCCGACCCAUUUGCGAGCUGAAGCAGCGGAUUCCUUAUACUUCGAGGCACAAUGUCGGCUUGAAGACCCUGUCUAUGGCUGUGUUGGGCUCAUAUUUAUGUUGCAGCAACAGAUACAUGCUGCGGAGAGUCAGCUAGUUAAGACUCAAGCCGAGAUUGCAGUUAUGAAAUCCCAGGGCCAAAACCCUGAAGCCCAACAAGCUGAACAAGAUUUCAACAAUUUGCUGCUACAACAGUCGGACAAUGAUGCCGCCCUUAGUUUCCCCAACCAAGUUUCUUCUGGGUUUAUUUAG